AGAAUAUCAUGCAGCUCCAGGCACAACGUUCGUCGCUUCUGCGCUCCGCGACUAGUAGCAGGCUCAAACCUUUCACCGGGUGCCCUCUACCGCUGCGGAGACAAACACCAUGUGAAAUGAAGCUUGUGCCACGACUAGGAGACACGUUGCAUAUGCAAGAGAACCGCUCAGGAAUGCCUCUGCAAGUGGCGCAGGUUUUCCCGUUCGACCAGGCGUGGGCCCCUGAUGUCAACACUGCGUCUCUGGCGCCGCAGCUUUUCGCAAUGUCGCUGUUUCCCUACUUGUGCUUCCUGUUCUACCUCACCAAGUCCGGCAAGACUCCCAAGCUGACGCUAUUCGGGUUCUACUUCCUUCUGGCCUUCGUGGGGGCCACAAUUCCCGCCGGCAUCUACGCCAAGACGGCGUACGGCACCAGCCUGGCCAAUGUGGACUGGUUGCACGGCGCCGCGGAGAGCCUGCUCACCGUCACCAACCUGUUCGUGGUGCUGGGACUGCGUCAGGGCAUCCGGGAGGCCGAGGCUGCCAAGAAGGCGGACGCGGCGGCGGAGGAGGCGAAGGCGGAGGCGGCGGCGGCCCCCGAGCCCAGCAAGCGGGCUUAGCGAUACUCCGGUACUUCGUGUUGACCUGGCGAUGCCCUGUAGGCGGCCGUCAUGCGCAGCGUUUGGUGGUUUGUAUGCCAUCGAUAUGUGCGGUGCUUUGCAAGUAGAACACUGCCUGAGUGUGCGGCGGGCACUGCAGGGAGGUGGACCGCACGCGCCUUCUCUGCAGUCGCCGACAUCAGGGCUUGGUACGGGCGUGCACGCCGUGAGUGGCUGUCGGAAUGCCAGCCAAGAGCCUUGAUACUCCAUUACUUCUGCCCGUGUUGCGGAGAAGAGUCCUGGAAAUCCAGAAGAUGCGAUGGCAUAGGGUGUGUUAGGGGCGUGUGCUGCGGCAUACCGUACUGGAUACGGUGAGGCACUUCGGCUACGGGGACGUGGUUUGUGGGGGCGAGGGGUGUCAGAAGGACACCUGGUUUUAACUAGUGAUUCGGCAUGGAAAGACCGAACACAUACUGUAAUACAAUGUCUUG